UCCGCGGUGGCCCGGGGUUUGCAGCCGAGGGGCGCGAGCCGUCCGAGCACUGCGGCCAGAACAUACCCAGCUCCGCCUCCAAAUUUGGGUCUGGGGGAUGUAGAUCCCGUGUCUGUGGGAAGCUGGGAAUCCUAGGGUCCCGGAUGGGGGAUGCCAGCGCCGAUUUGAGGCCUCUGACAAGGUGGCCUCAGUCACAGGGAAAGGGACCUGAUAUCCCGCUCCGCUUCUCCAUGCUCGGGGUUCAUCUCCCAAACCUCUGGAUUCCGGGAAGCCUUCUCGGGCCUCCGCCCCGCCCCAUCUGCGCCCAGUUUUCCUGGCAGGUUGGUUUCUAGGCAACAUGUCCUCCGCUUCUGUCCAAGAGUGCCUGCAGCUCCAGCUGCUGGAGAUGGAAAUGCUGUUGUCUAUGUUUCCCAACCAAGGAGAAGUGAAGCUGGAAGAUGUGAAUGCGCUGACGACUAUAAAAAGAUACCUGGAAGGCACAAGGGAGGCGCUGCCACCAAAAAUUGAAUUUGUGAUUACACUCCAGAUUGAGGAGCCCAAGGUGAAAAUUGAUUUGCAAGUAACCAUGCCUCACAGCUAUCCCUAUGUAGCAUUGCAGCUGUUUGGACGGUCCUCUGAGCUUGACAGACAACAGCAGCUACUUCUCAACAGAGGUCUCACUUCUUACAUAGGGACUUUUGAUCCAGGUGAGCUCUGUGUGUGUGCAGCAAUCCAGUGGUUACAGGACAACAGUGCCUCCUAUUUCCUGAACAGAAAGCUUGUUUAUGAACCAUCUAUACAAGCAAAGCCGGUCAAGAACAUAUUUCUCCGAAUGUGGAUCUACAGCCAUCACAUAUAUCAGCAGGACCUAAGGAAGAAGAUUUUGGAUGCUGGGAAAAGGUUAGAUGUGACUGGGUUUUGUAUGACAGGAAAGCCUGGUAUAAUCUGUGUGGAAGGCUUCAAAGAGCACUGUGAGGAGUUCUGGCACACGAUCAGGUAUCCCAAUUGGAAACACAUUUCCUGUAAGCAUGCUGAAAGUAUCGAAACCGAAGGAAAUGGGGAGGAUCUGAGACUCUUCCAUUCUUUUGAAGAAUUACUCCUUGAGGCCCAUGGUGACUACGGAUUAAGGAAUGACUAUCACAUGAAUCUGGGCCAGUUCUUAGAAUUUCUAAGAAAACUCAAAAAUGACAAUCCAGUGGUUACAGACAACAGUGCCUCCUAUUUCCUGAACAGAAAGCUUGCUCUUUGGGGAACUGCACCUUCUCUAAAUGGUUUGGGAGAAAUGAAUGAAACCAAGUCGCUCAUUGGAAACUUCCUAUAA